AUGGAAUGCGGCUGGGGUAUCUCUGCGCUUCAGGCGCGCCCCGACGGGGUCCCCGAGGAGCUGCGCUCCCUCCUCCGCCCGAGCUCUAAUCGCGACUUCCUCGCUGACCUCGCUCGCGAGUCGCUGAAUCCGCGCCACACCGAUUACCUUUUCGCGCUUUUCGAGCCAUUGUUCGUCGAAGUCCGCGCGCUGUGGGCUGCCUCGUAUCCUUCUGUCGAGAUCAUACCCGCCUAUGCCCGCAUAUUACAACUUGCGCCAUACCUUUCGGACAUUGCUGAAGCUAUCCUUUCUCGUGGCGCAGACGAGAUCGCUUCGGCUUUGCAAUAUGAUGCCUCCAAGGCUUCACAGACCACCGCAGACGAUCGCAUGGUCGACCUUCUUCUUGGACUUUUCCGCCUCCUCGUAAGCGAUAACGAGACCUUCGGCCGGUCCAUUCAACCAUUGUCCCUACAAUCUCUGCUCGCACACCCGAAUCGAACCGUCCGAUACCUUGCCAUUCGCUGUCUUUGCCUGUAUCUACAUGCUGCAGAUGCGGCGCAGGAGGAGAUGAUAUCCAGAUACGUUGGUCAAGAGCCCGUGAGCGGGAACUGGGAAGGCAAGACAAUUGACUAUCGGUUCCUGAGCCUUUGGGAAGAGAAGCGGUAUGCGGAGGUGAAAAGGAAUCUUGUGGAGGCCCGGUCGGCGCGAGAGGCGUACCUUUCGUCCCCACAGAUUAGCAGAAUAAUCACGCAGAGUGAUCUUGGCCCUCAUACCGCUGAAAUCCAUGGCGUUUUGCUUCCCCGAUCAGAUGCGCCUGUCACUGCGGACGGCGUCCAGCUUAUUCCGACUGGAACUACCGUGCGGAACCUCACUUCUGUGGCCAGAAGUCUGAACGGUGACAAGCCUGUCAUGUUGACCGGCCUUGCUGGUUCGGGCAAAACGCUGAUAAUCCGCCAUCUUGCAAGGGAACUAAACAAGCUCGAAUCCAUGGUGACCUUACAUCUUAACGAGCAGAGCGAUGCUAAGCUCCUUAUUGGCAUGUAUACGACUGGAAGCACCCCCGGCACUUUCACCUGGAGACCCGGUGUUCUCACUACCGCGGUAAGAGAAGGCCGGUGGGUGUUGAUCGAGGAUCUGGACCGUGCCCCCAACGACGUGAUCAGCACGCUUUUGCCGCUCAUUGAAUCCGGAGAGCUCCUCAUUCCUAGUAGAGGCGAAGUUGUUCGUGCCGCCCGUGGCUUCAAGAUUAUCGCAACGCUUCGUACAACACUCAAUCUUCGUGGGGAACAAAUUAUCCCCGGUGCCGGCAUGAUUGGAACGCGUUUCUGGGAUCGCAUUAGCAUUGAGAUGCCUCGCGAGGGAGAACUUGGAGAAAUUGUCCAGCGCGCGUUCUCCAACAUCCCGGAGGCUUUAGUACCUCAGAUCAUGAGCGUCUAUGGGAACCUCCAGGCUUUGUCCAAAGACAAAUCCUUCACGGCCAGCAAGUCUGGCAUGAUCAGACCUGUUACUUCGCGCGACCUGUUCAAGUGGUGCAGUCGAAUUAACCCUCGGAAUUUGGACGAUAUGUUUCUCGAAGCAGUCGACUGUCUCGCUGGAAGCCUGGAAAACGGACCAGCCCGAGAGUUGAUUGUUGCCUGCAUUGCGCGGGAGCUUCAUGUUGAUCCGCAGAAGAGGGACCAUCUGAUCUUGCAGCGUACAAUCGCGUACAAAACAAAUGAUACCAGCGAAGUCACCAUCGGACGUGCUACCCUGAAAAGAUCUCAACGCAAGAGACGUGCAGACCGAAGACCGUUUGCUGCGAACGACCACACCUGUCGCCUAUUAGAGAGAAUUGCGGUUGCUGUGGAUCAUCAGGAGCCCCUUCUGUUGGUUGGUGAGACCGGUACCGGCAAAACCACCGCUAUCCAGCACCUGGCCACCGAGCUUGGCCGGAAAAUGGAGGUAUUCAACUUGUCGCAACAAAGCGAAAGCGGCGACCUGCUAGGUGGCUUCAAGCCUGUCAAUCUCCGCAGCAUCAUGGUGCCGAUGAAGGACCGCUUCGACGAUCUCUUCCUGUCAACGUUUUCCCAAGACAAGAAUCGCCUCUUUCUCAAUCAGCUAAACGAACAUAUGGCGAAGGGCCGCUGGAAGGCCGUUUGCAAAUUUUGGCAGCAGGCUCUCCGCAUGGUUGACGACGCGGUCAAAGCCUCCAGGUCUGACGCUGCACCGCAAGCUGAUGAGAAUGACCAACCCAAGAAGAAAAAGCGCAAGGUCGAGAAACAACCCAAGCUACCUGCAUCUUUCUCGCAAUCCGAAUGGGACGCUUUUGCCAACGAUCUCAAGCUUGUCGAGUCACAGAUUGCCAACAAGUCCAGCGCCUUUGCUUUCAAGUUUGUAGAGGGCAACAUUGUCAAGGCUGUCAGAAACGGCGAUUGGGUUUUGCUCGACGAAAUCAACUUGGCUGCACCAGACACUCUUGAAGCGCUGGCUGACCUGCUUACCGGUGGCUCUGGAGGCAAGCCAUCCAUUCUCCUGACGGAGACGGGCAAUGUUGAGAGAAUCGAGGCACAUCCCAAUUUCCGUGUCUUCGCAGCAAUGAACCCUGCAACCGACGUUGGAAAAAAGGAUCUUCCUAUGGGCAUCCGUUCUCGAUUCACGGAGCUGUAUGUCGAAAGCCCCGAUCGCGACUUCAAGAGCUUGCAAAGCGUCGUGGAAACCUAUCUUGACCAGUACCUGCACAAGGACCGGAAGAUUUCCGCAGAUGUUGCCAACUUGUAUCUGCAUAUCCAGGCCUUGAAUGCGGAGAACCGACUGGUGGAUGGCGCAAACCAGAAGCCUCACUUCAGUUUGCGUACGCUCACAAGGACACUAAUUUAUUCGUUGGACACCGCGCCGCUUCAUUCGCUUCGUAGAGCCCUGUACGAAGGCUUCUGCAUGAGCUUUUUGACGUUCCUUGACAAGUCUUCCGAGGAUCUAGUUGCUGAGGCGGUUGUUAAAUACCUUAAGCCUCAACUCGGCUCACCCCUCCAAAAGCCUACGGAGAAGGAUAGGGAUUACGUCCAAAUACGACGAGAUGAUGGCCGGAGAAAUCAUGAUUUGAAAAAGAAGGGCAUCAGCAAAGCGGCAGAUGAUGCGAACUUUGAGAAGUGGCUCGACGCGGCCGGCAAGGAUCCGCAAUGGCUCCGCCAGGGCAGGUUCGAAUCGUCCGAUGAGGAGCACUACAUCAUUACCAACUUCGUUUGGCGCAACCUCACGAAUCUUAUCCGUGCCGCCUCGACUCGCCGCUUCCCAGUGCUUAUUCAGGGCCCUACGUCUGCCGGUAAGACGAGUAUGAUCGAGUAUCUUGCGAAGAGAUCCGGCAACAAGUUUGUUCGUAUCAACAAUCACGAGCACACAGACUUGCAGGAAUACUUGGGUACUUACGUUUCUGGAAAUGAUGGCAAACUCCAAUUCCAGGAAGGUAUCCUUGUCAAGGCUCUGCGUGAAGGCCAUUGGAUUGUUCUCGACGAACUGAACCUUGCUCCAACGGAUGUUCUGGAGGCUUUGAACCGCUUGCUGGACGAUAAUAGGGAGCUUCUCAUCCCGGAAACACAGGAAGUCGUUCGUCCCCAUGAGGACUUCAUGCUGUUUGCUACGCAAAAUCCUGCUGGUCUCUAUGGUGGAAGGAAGAGCCUCUCGCGGGCCUUCCGCAACCGUUUCCUCGAGUUGCACUUCGACGACAUACCCGUCAACGAGCUGAAGUACAUUCUUGAGAGGCGAACGCAGCUUCCUCGGUCAUGGUGCGAGCACAUUGUCAAUGUGUACAGGGAGCUUUCAAUCCUCCGACAGUCCAGUCGCCUUUUCGAGUCCAAGAGCUUCGCCACUCUCCGUGAUUUGUUCCGAUGGGCAAUGCGCGCACCCGAAACAUCACAGCAGCUCGCUGAGCAAGGUUACAUGCUUCUUGCAGAGCGUGUGCGAAAAGCGGAGGAGCGUCUGGCUGUCAAGCAAAUCAUUGAGAAGGUCAUCAAGCAAACCAAAAUCGACGAGGAUGUGCUCUACUCCGUCGAGCGAUCACCGGAAAUGCGUUUAUAUCAAGAGAACGUCUCUUCCGACGGUGUUGUCUGGACUCGCGCAAUGCGUCGGCUUUACGCUCUGGUUGCCAAUGCACUCCGCCACAACGAACCGGUCCUGCUUGUGGGUGAAACUGGCUGUGGUAAGACGACGGUCUGUCAAAUGCUUGCAGAUGCCUUUACCAAGCAACUCUUCAUUGUCAAUGCCCACCAAAACACGGAGACCGGCGAUCUCAUCGGUGCUCAAAGGCCUAUCCGCAAUCGCGCAUUCCUGGAACAGCAACUGGCUAAGGACCUCGGUGAACUUUUGAUGGAGGCUGGGGUCUCAUUAGAAACGUCGACCACGUCCUUGGCCGACUUGCUAGCUCUCUACGACAAGCUUGUGAAGGAUGAACCGGAGCGGCUCGGUACGGAAUCUCGCCAGGCUAUUCACACUCAACGCGUUAAGCUUUCAUCUCUCUUCGAAUGGGCGGACGGCAGCCUUGUUACUUCAAUGAAAACGGGCCAGUACUUUUUGCUGGAUGAAAUCUCGCUUGCCGAUGAUUCGGUCUUGGAAAGGCUGAACAGCGUGCUGGAAUCAUCACGCACCAUCCUCCUGGCAGAAAAAGGCCCUACAGACUCAAGCAUCAAAGCAUCAGAUGGCUUCCAGUUCUUGGCGACGAUGAAUCCAGGUGGAGACUAUGGCAAGAAGGAACUUUCUCCGGCGCUGCGAAACCGCUUUACCGAGAUUUGGGUCCCCGCUUUGUCUGAUCUGGACGACAUUACCCAGAUUGUGAAAGCCAAGCUCAUGCCAUCCGCAGUAGACUAUGCGUCGACUAUUGUCAACUUCUCACAGUGGUUCAACGAGAAGUUUAACACUUCCGCUGCGUCGUCGAUCUCCAUCCGUGAUACUCUUGCAUGGGUCCACUUCAUCAACCGUUGCGGUGUCAAUGAUCCAGUUUUUGGAGUCGUCCACGGAGCAGCAAUGGUAUUCAUCGACACACUUGGAGCCAACCCGGCGGCCCUGCUUGCUAUCUCUGCAGCCAACAUAGACCGUGAGCGCGCUACCUGCCUCGAGAAGCUCAGCGAGCUGGUCAACACAGAUGCAAAGGCCAUCUAUUUUGCCCCUGCUGCUAUUGGCACUUCCGACUCGAUGCUUUCUAUUGGUGACUUCGCCGUCCCGCGCAUCGGCAAGGCCGUCUCGGACCCUUCCUUCUCCAUGGCCGCGCCAACUACUAAGUCCAAUGCCAUGAGAGUUCUCCGCGCACUGCAGUUGCCGAAGCCCAUCCUUCUAGAAGGUAACCCUGGUGUGGGAAAGACCACGCUUGUCACUGCUAUUGCGAAGGCUGUUGGUGUGCCUCUCACCCGUAUCAAUUUGUCUGAGCAAACUGAUCUCAUGGACUUGUUCGGAUCCGAUGUCCCCGUCGAAGGUGCCCAGGCAGGUACUUUCGCAUGGAAGGAUGCGCCUUUCCUAAAGGCCAUGAAGAACGGAGAGUGGGUUCUGCUCGAUGAGAUGAACUUGGCCUCGCAGUCUGUGCUUGAGGGUCUCAACGCCUGUCUCGACCACCGUGGAGAAGUUUACAUCUCUGAGUUGGAUCAAACCUUCCAUCAGAAUCCUGGCUUCAGGGUGUUUGCAGCGCAGAAUCCUCACCACCAAGGAGGUGGUAGAAAGGGUCUCCCCGCUUCUUUUGUCAACCGUUUCACUGUGGUUUAUGCCGAUGUCUUCAGGCUUGAAGAUCUGAUCACCAUCUGCAAGCAACAAUUCCCGAACACCACUGAACAAGACAUCGAAACCCUAACUGGAUUCAUUUCCGAACUGGACGCUCAGGUCUCGAAUAGGAAGUUCGGAGCGCUCGGCAGCCCUUGGGAAUUCAAUCUGAGAGACACUUUGCGGUGGCUACAGUUGCUCACCUCUCAGCAAGGUCUCCUCCCAAGUGGCAUGACCAGAGAUUUCUUGGAUACCGUUAUUACGCAACGCUUCAGAUCAGACCACGACCGAAAAUGUGUUAUCGGCUUGUUCGAGCAAGCAACCAAAUCAGCCGUCCCUGAGCGAGCCUACUUCCACAACUUGGGCACGGAUCACCUCCAGGUAGGACUCGGGCUGCUCCCUCGGCAUGCACUCCUCCAGCAUCUUCCUUCGAGGCAUAAGCCGAGAAAGUCCCAGCUUGCCGCCAUAGAAUCUAUGAUGAUUGCGGUUCAGCUCAACUGGCCUGUCAUUCUUGUUGGGCCACCGGGCUCUGGGAAAACUAGCCUCGUCAAACAACUCGCCUCUGCUGUGGGCGCCGAGCUGGUCACAUCCUCCAUGAAUGCUGACAUCGACGCUAUGGAUCUCGUUGGUGGGUACGAGCAAGUCGAUCCGUCUCGACAGGUGCUCCGUUUCCUUGAAAAGCUCAGUCUGUUCUCGCGUUCUUCAGUCAUUCAGAGCCAGAUUCAAGGGGAUUCUGAGCUUUCUUCUCUCUUUCUCAGUCUCAUCCGCCUUUCUUCUCCAGUCGAUCUCUCUCAAGUCUCUUUUGCUGCCAUUCAUCAAGUACUAACACAGCUUCAAACACGGGACGGCCGUUCAGAGGCCCGCGAACUAACAAUUGAAGCUGAAGCACUCGCAAAGGAGUCUGUCACUAUUGAUCAGGCCAGGUUUCAGUGGGUCGAUGGCCUUCUUGUUCAAGCUCUAGAGCAGGGCAAGUGGCUUGUGCUUGACAACGCCAAUCUCUGCAGCUCUUCCGUCCUCGACAGAUUGAACGGUCUGCUUGAGCCUAACGGAUAUCUGAUCAUUAACGAGCAUUCGACAGCUGAUGGCGAGGCUAAGAUUGUCAAGCCUCAUCCUAACUUCCGUAUAUUCAUGACGAUGGAUCCACGUCAUGGAGAGCUCUCUCGUGCGAUGAGAAACAGAGCCGUUGAGCUUUUCUUGCUUCCUACGUCAGAUGAAGAUGCGGGCAGCAAUGAUCAGCUCAACACGUUCGCCUUUGAAUCAGCCAUGUACAGAUUCCGCCAUGUUAACUUCCUCGGCCGUAACCGUACCCUUGAUCAAGAAUCUACCGAUUCUCUUGUAGCUACUUCGCUAGAUCACCUGUCCGUGGAAGAUUCAACUCGCCUUGGAAGCUUCUACCAGCAGCUUUCUAGUGGCUUGUUUGACAUACCUGUGGAUGCCCGGCUUGAGGAAUCUCUUCAAGCAAACAUGACUUUCUUUUCUCAACUCCCACAAGAGUGGCUUUCCAGGGCAAUGGAGUUGAUGAGUGGCUCUACAAAGCUUAUGGGGAUGGGUCAAAAUUUUAUCAAUGCGCAGGUCAGUGACCUCGCUACUCCUAACGAUGAAAAGGAUAGCCAGGCUGCUCGUUCCGACACAUCUGGAGUUCACAACAACGCAUACUUGCUCGGAGGACUAUUCGAUCUUUGCCUGGACUUGAAGAAAAUGCAAAUUUUGCUCCAGCAGGCAUUGGAUCAAGCCAACAAAGUCAAGAUCAAAGAUCGCACGAGGCUUGGCAGGAGCUUGGUGCCGUCAAAGGCGGCUUCAAAAUCGAGCAAAGACCCGUUUGCGGGCGUGGGACCAUUCUUGCAGUUCGUAUUCGAUACACUUGCUGCAUGGGUGCUCGAUGUUCUGCAGGGCGGUUUCGUUGAUGAGACUGUGCUCGACUCGAUCAAACCCAUUGGCCAGUUCUGGUUCGAUCUUCACAGCCUCACCAACGCUAUGGCUAUUGAAGAUGCCGUUUUCCAAGUCUAUCUCGCUAUCGGGCACCAAAACUUCUCACCACUAUUCUCUAUUCAAAAUCCUCAGGUAGCUGGACUCCAAGAGAGGCUGGUGAAGAGUCUCGCCUCUCUCAAACUUGAUAGCCAGCUGUCGACCGGAUUGAGCAUGGAACUGCUCUGGAACCGCUUCAAGCCUCACACUCCACCCACCUACGAUGGCCUUCUCAAUUUGCUCAAGCUCGAGGAUUUGGCGAACCGGUUCGACUCUUCGGUCUGGCUUGCUGAUGCGCCGUUGACGGAGCUGGCACGCGUGCGAUCAGCGCUGGCUGGCGCUAUGCAGAUUGCGCGAAGCCAGGAUGUUGACGUCAGGGAGCUGAUUGACGAGCUGGAAGUGGCGAUUACCGACAUUGAGAAGGGAGUCAGAGAAGGCAAGGAGGCGGUCAAGCCGUGGUUCACAGAAGCUUUCGAAGGUAUCUGCCAGUUUUCGGACUUGGCACAGCUCGCCGGUGAGUCGAAAAAUGAUUCGACCACUUCCACCAUGACGCUUUUGGCGCAAAGACCGACGAGAACUACGCCAUUGACGGCGCAGAGCUUUGCUGAGGCCCUGCUUACACGGAUGUCGACGUACCUUGGAGCGUAUGGAGAUGUUGGACCUGUUGCGCUGAAGGGCGGAUUCCAUGUGAAGUUGUUGAAAGACGUGGUCGAUCUUGACGAUGCGACUUUGGCACAGAUGGAUCUCCUGAGGUCUGAGAUUGAUGUUCUGGGUCAAUCCCUCGUCAGCCGCUCCGGUGACCUCCUUCAGAACCAGACGUCGGUUCUUGCCGGUGUGCACCAACGUAUCCUCAAAGAAAUCGUCCAGGCACAUUCAGAAUUGUUGGACCAGGAAACGAGCACCAUUACCUCCAUUGAACUACGGCAAGACCUUCCAGAGGACCACCAUCUUCGCACUGGUCUCAAACUUCUCCAACGCAGCCUCGAAUAUGCCACUGACCCAGAGGCGAGCAAUGUCAAUCCCAGCCAAGCCUGGAUCAGCCUCGCCAUUGCCUUCCUCUGGCUCUACGUUCCCGAUAGGCCUUUCGAUCCCGCACUUCGCCCGCUCGUCGAGCGCAGUCUCUUUGGAACUCACCGCGAUGCUCUUAACGCCAGCCUCACCGCGCUAUGCAGCUUCGAACAAUCCUUUACCGGUCGUAGCAAAAACCUACGCACUCGCCUUAUCGAGCAAGAUAUUGCGACCAUGGGAAUCGAACCGUCCGUACCUGCCAUUGCGAGACCGCCACAGUCGGAGCUCGCGCAGUUGUCAGGUGAAUUCGGCAACCUUCUGAGGGUACUGGAUGGCUUGGUCAGGGCAGUUGAUGCAGGUGAAGCGGGAGCUUUACGUGAUGCGACUCUGGAGAUGAACAUACAGCAGAUUGUCAAGAGGCUGACGGAAGGGUACCGUGCGUAUGACGAUAUCACUGCCCCAGUCGUUACGUUCUUGCACUGCUUGAGGGUUGGAGUCCUCCUUGCUGCCGCUGAUGAAGGACCAAAUGCUGGCGCUGGCAUCUUCGACUACGUUUCUGCGCACACGCCAUUCUUUGGCAGAGGCUAUAGCGCACUGGUGCCUACGUCUGAUGCUGCUAUGUUCGGGAAGGCUGGCCCCGUAGACCUCCGCUGGCAUGCAUUGAGCGCUCUUGCAGUCAAGUUGAGCGUCCAGCCGGAGAAGACACCUUCAAUCAACGAGCGAAACCUGAUUCAUGACAUCUUCCGCAGCUUUUACGAGCAGUGGAAGGAGAAGCUCGAGGCCGAUCAGGAGAAGGCUGCAGAACAGUCAGGCCUUUAUCGGUUCAAGGGAGGUCUGGAUGUUGAAGAGGAAGCCACUGAAGCAGAACUGCAGAGCCUGUUCCCCGAUUACGAGCAACAAGGCGAUGCUGAGGAUGGCCUCGCUGCACCAGUCGAGUCACCGCAGGAAUUGGCCCGAAAGCUGGCGGUCUGCCAUGCUGACAUCUUCGUCAACCGCAAGAACCCCAUAGAGAGGAUCACGGCUUUGAUCAAGCAAUCUACAGAGUAUGUCAGCAAGAUCGAAAGCAGCAGUACAAAUGGUCUUGAAGCGUCGCUUCCAGCAAUUUUCCUGGCCCUCAACAAGCAGAGCGAACAUCUUCUCCAGGACAAUCCCUCGCCUCGCUACUACAACUUCUAUACUGACGCCAACGUCAGCGAGGCCAAGAAGCUGGUUACUCUCGUUCAUCGUGUGCAGAAGCGUUUCCGCCAGAUUCAGGAAACCUGGCCCGAACACGCUACCCUGGCUGACGUUCUCCGGGUAUCCGAUGAGCUGCUCACUUUCCGCCAUGUCGAGCCCGUCGCCAAAUUCCUCACCAAGGGUGAGAAGCUCCACGCAUCCAUCUACGAAUGGCAGCAAGUUGCAAGCAGAGAGUACAGCGCAGCGCCGUUGUACGACGAGGUCACGAACCUGCUUGUCAGCUGGCGUCAGCUUGAGCUCACGACGUGGGCGCGCCUCUUCGACAUUGAGGUUGAGAAGGCCAAGGAUGAUGCGAAGGCAUGGUUCUUCGUUGCAUACCAGACAAUCAUCGCAGCGACUGAAUCACUCAGUUCUGGGGCUGCGGUGGAAAGCCAUGCUGAAGAGCUCUUGAGGACGCUGGAGGAUUUCGCUUUGUCCACGACGGCGGGUCAGUACCACGAGCGUAUCAGGCUGCUCGAGCAGUUCAGAGAGCAGCUUGCGUUGAGAGAAGUGGAUGAGCCGUCGGUCAGACCUGUUCGCACCGCUCUCGACAACUUCAUUCGUUACUUCGUGCGUUUCGCUCAGCCAGUGCGUGAUGUCAUCACCAAGGGCCGCGCUACCCUGGAGAAGGACAUGAAGAACGUUCUCAAGGUCGCCAGUUGGAAGGACCGAAACAUCGAUGCGCUGAGGCAGAGCGCAAAGACGUCACACAAGAAGCUCUUCCGGGUCGUACGUAAGUUCCGGAACAUCCUCAACAAGCCCGUCGACGCCGUGUUGAAGCAGGACCUUCCUGAACCCGCAAAGUCUACACUUGCAGCCGCCCUAACUAUGCUCCAACCGACCAACGCGACGGUUGACACGGCUGCACUACAGGUCUGCGAGCAGUAUGUGCCUAGCUGGUCUACCCGUCCCUCUAGAUUCAAGGAUCUUCCGACCACUGUCAAGCUCAUGCACAAGAUGGCGCAACCCCGCAAGAACGGCGAUGCGGCCCACGACGGCGCCGCCUACAUUCAAGAGUUCUUGGACAAUCUCGAAACAUCCAUUGCAGAGCUGCAGAAGGCCACACCUGCGGUACUGACGGACGACAACAAGACUGAGGUCAAGCACCUGAAGUCGCAGAAACGCAAGCUGUUCGCCGACACGCUCAAGGAGCUGCGCGAGAUGGGCUUCCGCAGCCACGUUGGCGGCGACGUGUUGGAGAAGCAGGAUGGUCUGGCCAAGGUGUUGGCGCGCUUGCCCACUCUGCCGUCGUCGUCUGACCACGACGGCGUAGCGAAGGGAGCAGAGGAGUACCUGCACAAGACGUUCAAUCUCAUGCAGCAAGUUCGCGACGUUGCAAGGGAGCAUUCGGGCGAUCUGACCAAUGCGGAUGUCGCGAGGUCCAUUGGUAGCUUCGAGAGCAUGCUACACGCCGCACUCAAGCAGCGGGAGGUUGUUGCGAAGGUGCUAGAGGAAGAAGAGGCGCUGGAGCGGACCUUCGAACAAAUCACGGCCGUGUCUUCUGCGGAGGUCAGGCUUGGAGAGGCGUCGACGGGCGUAGAGCGUGGUGGCUUGCCGUGGAUUCCCCCGAUGCUGAAGGUUGCAGCGCACAUUGUCAACGCUCAGGCUCAGCUAGGCAAGAUCAGCGUCAAUGAGGUUGUGGAAGGACUACAGUCCAGAGCACAGCUUCUGGACGGACUGGUCAAGGAGACCGAUGGGCUUCCUGCCCUGCCGAAGGGUCUUUCGUCAGCUGCGCACGAGAAGCUGGCCAGCCGUAUCCACGAUACUCUCGAGGAGACCAAAUUGAACGUCGCCAAGUGGAUAGAGCAGCACCCUGCUCUCCAAGCCACAUUGAAACAACUUCUCACGUGGCUGCAACUCACAAACACCACCAACGGCGCCAUCAUCGAGAAUGCCAAUCAAGAAGAUGCUACCGCUACGACUGCCUCCAUCGUCGACCUCAGCACCAACCUCUUCUCCACCCUCGAUGCCAUCCUCGGCUCCAUCCAAGACGUCGAAAAGUCUCACUCCGCACUGCCCGACACGACGGAGUCCCCAUCCUGGCUCACCAACGAGACGGCUGCCCUGGCCGCCGCCUGCAAGGCUCUGCACACCCCCCGCAUCACCGCCGCCCUGCGCGGCGGCGUCCUGAACCAGCUCCGCAACCUGGCAGCAACCGCAGCACCGUCACCCAGCGACGGUCUGAACGCCGCCUGCGCCAUGCUAGCGACGCUGUCACCCCUCAUCGCGCAGUACCGCGCGACCGUGGCGGGCGUGCGUGCGCGCUUCGCCCGCCUCCACGCGGCGCAGGCGCGCCUCGCGUACCGGCUGGCCAAGGCGUUCCUGGUCGUCGGCUCGCGCGGCUUCUGCACGCCGUCUGAGAGCGAGGGCGAGGGCGGCAAGGGCGACGACGACAAGCUAGAAGGCGGGACGGGCCUGGGCGAGGGAGAGGGCGCCGAGGACAUCAGCAAGGACGUCGGCGAGGACGAGGACUUGACGGAGCUGGCGCAGGAAGAGGACAAGUCGAAGAAGGAGCAUGAGGAGGAGGAUGAUGCGGUGGAUAUGGGGGAGGAGGAGAUGGAGGGGCAGAUGGGGGAGCAGAAGAGUGAGGAUGAGGAGGAGGAUGGGGAGGGGGAUAAGAGUGGUGAUGAGGAAGAGGAUGAGAUGGAUGAGGAGGCGGGUGAAGUCGAUGAUUUGGGCCCGAGUGCGGUGGAUGAGAAGAUGUGGGAUGAUGGCGGGAAGGACGAGGAAGAUGAGAGGGACAGAGAGGGGAACGAGGAGUUCGGUAGCAAGGAUCAGGACGAGCUGGCCGGCAAUAAGGACGAGGAGCAGCAGAAGAAGGAGAAGGAGAAGGAGGGCGAGCAGGGUGAACAGCAGCAGGAAGAAGAGAGCGACGAGGAGCCUGAGAAGGGUGCGGAGGAGGAAGAGAGGAUCGGUGGGCCGGAUGAGCAGGAGCCGGUCGAUCCGCACAUGCAGGAGGGAGAGACGCUGGAUCUGCCAGAUGACCUCAACAUGGACGAUGAUGACAAGUCCCUGGGUGACGACGAAGAUCUUGGCGAUAUGGACGACUUGGGCGAUGCAAUGGAUGAGGACGAGAUGCCGCCGGAGGAUGAAAAGGGGGAUGCGGAUGAUGGCGAGCCAGAGGAGGCGCCUGUCGACCUUGAUCAGAAGCCGGAGGAGGUUGAGGAGAUUCCUGACGAAGAAAAGGAAGACCAGGCCGUCGACCCUGAGGAGCAGGAGCAGCAAGAACAAGUCGACGAAGGCCAGCUCAAGGGCGCCGAUGACAAUGCACAGAACGACAAGACAGAGGACGACGCCGCUGCCGAGACCGGUUUGGGCCUGGACGCGCAUGAUGACAAGAGAGACGAUCAGGACCAGACCAGCGGCGCUCAGCGCGAAGACGGUGCCGAAGGCGAGGCUUCUGAAGAACAACAGCAGGAAUCAAACGAGCAGGGCGCUCGUGGCAAGGCAUCGCAACAAGACGCUGUUGGUCGAGACGACGAGAUGCAAGACGCCGCCGAAAGCCAGCCGUUCAAGAAGCUAGGUGACAUGCUCGAGAAGUGGUACAACCAGCAGAAGCAAAUCCAGGACGCGUCGGAAAAACAAGACGAGAGCCAGCAACAGCAGCAGGACAAGGACGUCGACAUGGCGGAUGCGGACUUCGAGCAUCUACCCGACGACGAAGCUGAAGCUGACACGCAGGCCCUAGGCGCUGCCGAGGAAGACCAGGCGCGUGCUCUCGACAGGGAGAUGGCGCAGGAUGUCAACGAUAAGGCUGAGCUCCCUGAGAAUCUCCCGGCUGAGGUUGAAGACCAAAACGAACAGCCGGAGGACACCCCGAUGGAAGAUGUCGAUCCCAACCAGCGCGACGCGCCCGCUCAAGAGCAAGACCAAGAGCAGCAGACUGGCGGCCAGCCCAAUGCCUUCAUGGGCGAGCCAGGCGACCGUACCAACGCCGAGCGCGAGGAUUCACUUCAGCCUCCUGACCUUUCCGACUCCGACUCUGAGGUCGACGAAGUCGACCGUCAACUCUCAUCUGCCGCCAUCACUGACGACGAGAACGCAUUCCCACGUUCGCUUGAUGAAGCGCGCACUCUCUGGCAGCACCACGAAGCUUCAACGCGAGCCCUCGCUCAAGGCCUGACGGAGCAGCUGAGGCUGAUUCUGGCGCCUACGUUGGCGACCAAGAUGCGUGGUGGACACCGCACGGGUAAACGUCUCAACAUGAAGGCCAUCAUCCCGUACAUCGCGUCGCAGUACAAGCGCGACAAGAUCUGGCUGCGACGCUCCCUCCCAUCCAAGCGCGCGUACCAAAUUGCACUCGCCCUCGACGACUCCAAGUCCAUGUCGGACGGGCGCGUCAGCGGCCUAGCAUUCGAAACGCUGGCGCUCGUCAGCAAGGCGCUCAGCACGCUCGAGGCGGGCGAGAUGUCGGUGCUCCGCUUCGGCGGCGGCGUCGAGGUCGCGCACCCCUUCGACAAGCCCUUCGCGUCCGAGGCCGGCGUCGACGUCUUCAGGCGCUUCGGCUUCGACCAGGAGCGCACCGACGUGCGGGAGCUGGUCAGGCGCGUCAUCGAGGUCUUCAGGGACGCGCGGCUGCGGGCGAGCGGCGCGGCGAAGGAGCUGUGGCAGCUCGCCGUCGUCAUCUCGGACGGCGUGUGCGACGGGCAUGCGGACGUGGCGAGGCUGGUCAGGCAGGCGCAGGAGGAGAGGAUCAUGAUCGUGUUUGUGGUCGUGGAUGGUGCUGGCAGCGGCGGCGGUGGUGGUCCUGCUGGGGCUGGGGAAGCCGGUGGUGCGGCGGUGCAGAAGCAGAGCAGCGUGCUGGAUCUGCUGGACGUGAGCUUCGUGGACGGCAAGGUCGUGAAGCGGAGGUAUAUGGACACGUUCCCGUUCAGGUGGUACGUUGUGGUCAGGGAUGUGCGCGAGUUGCCGGGCGUGCUGUCGACGGCGUUGAGGCAGUGGUUUGCUGAGGUGGUGGAUACGGCGGGCUGA